AUAAAAGAGUUCAAGUUUAUGAUGUCUCUCAUGGAUUACCACCAGUAGACGAUCUCGUAUUCCUUACAAGAAACCUUUACAACAGAAACAAGCCAAAUGUGAUCUGACGGACUUUAAUUGGAAGAAGGCGCAUACUUGUUGAGCAUCAGUGUGAUUGGCAAUAUUUGUCCGGUUUAAUGAUACUUCGGUUUGUUUGUUCUACGAUGAAGAUGAACACAUGAGACAUGUCAAGUACUUAGAAAUCUUCUACGCGAGUUAGUGAGAUACCAAGUAAUAUCACCUUUCUCAUAGUGAUUAACAAUUUGUCUAGUACCGCUACUUUAAGUACUGCAUUAGUUUUACUACCAGCUUGUCAGAUAGUUAUUAGCUCUUAAUCAUUUCAUGGAUCAAUAUCUCACUAAUUUUCAUUCGAUCAUGAACUUAAUCUACACGUGUUUAGGAGUGUUUGGUGUUAUUGGACUUUUGAUCGUGGGAGGGAGAAUUUUGAAUUGGGUGUGGCUGAGGCCGAGGAAGCUAGAGAAUAUCCUUAGAAAGCAGGGGUUCAAGGGAAAUCCGUACAAGUUUUUCUUUGGAGAUGUUAAAGAUCUGAUAAAGAUGGGGGAAGAAGCCAAAUCCAAACCUAUUGGACUAUCUGAUGAUAUUCUGCCACGUGUCGUGCCUGGCGACGUUGACACUGUAGAAAAAAAUGGGAAGAAAUCAUUUGUAUGGCUUGGGCCAAGACCACUAGUAUACCUUAUGGAUCCAGACACAAUCAAAGAGGUUCUGAACAAGAGUAAUCAGUUUCAGAAAGUCAGGGGAGAUAAUCCUGUAACCACAUUGCUCGCGACUGGACUGGUUUACUAUGAGGGUGAUAAAUGGGCGAAACACAGGAAAAUCAUUAACCCCGCGUUCCAUGUUGAUAAGUUGAAGAAUAUGCUACCUGCCAUGUACUUAAGUUGUAACGACAUAAUGAACGAAUGGGAGAAAUUGGUGUCUGCUGAAGGGCAAUGUGAGGUGGAUGUCCGUCAUUAUCUAGAAAAUUUGACCAGCGAUGUCAUUUCACGUACAUCAUUUGGUAGUAGUUAUGAAGAAGGAAGAAAGAUUUUUCAGCUCCAAAGAGAACAGUCAACUCAUAUAAUGAAGGCUUCCCAGUCAAUAUACAUUCCUGGAAUGAGUCUUUUGCCAACUAAGCUCAAUAAUAGGAUUAAGGAAAUAGCUAAAGAAGUUAAAGUUACUGUAAGAAGUAUCAUUCACAAAAGAUUGAAGGAAAUUGAAGGGGGAGAAACCAACCAGGGUGACUUGUUGGGCAUACUGCUGGAUAGCAAUUUCAAAGAAAUUGAACAACAUGAAAACAAUACAAGUUUUGGGAUGACUAUUGAUGAAGUUAUCGAAGAAUGCAAGCUGUUCUACUUUGCAGGACAGGAGACAACCUCAAAUACCCUGGUAUGGGCAAUGAUUCUUUUAAGUCAGCAUCAAGAUUGGCAGAAUCGGGCUAGAGAAGAGGUCUUGCAGACGUUCGGGAACAACAAACCAAAUCUUGAUGGUUUAAAUCGCCUCAAAGUGGUGUAUAUGAUUUUGCUAGAGGUUUUAAGACUAUACCCUCCAGUAGCUGCACUCGGUAGGAGUAUACAUGAAGAGAUUAAACUUGGAGAUACUACUCUUCCAGCUGGAGUAAUUCUCCAAAUACCUGUUCUCUUGUUGCAUCACGACGUUGAAUUAUGGGGCGAUAAUGCUAAGCAAUUCAAUCCAGGAAGAUUUUCUGAAGGUGUAGUGAAGGUAACAAAGGGAAAAGCAUCGUAUCUGCCCUUUGGUUGGGGACCUCGGAUUUGUAUUGGCCAGAAUUUUGCCAUGUUAGAAGCUAAAAUGGCACUGGCCAUGAUUCUACAACGAUUCUCCUUUGUGCUUUCCCCGUCUUAUACUCAUGCUCCGCACACUGUCAUAACACUUCAGCCUCAGCAUGGCGCACAUUUGAUCUUAAGUCGGUUUGAGCCUAAAAUCUGAAGUUUGGAUGUCACAAUAAUGUAUCAGGUGGCUCUUUCAAAAUCGCUAAGAAAAAUAUCUUCUUGGUAGACAUGAAACUGCCGCGGCCAAGUUUACCAUUGUCUUGCAAUAACAGAAAUUUAAUUGUGUCUUCAGUGAUAAAAUACAA